UUUCUUCAAUUGUUUGCUACAAACACGAGUGUGUCGCAACUCGAACACUCUUCGACACAUCACCGAAAAUAUUACUUCCAACUCUCUCUGCAUCAACCCUUGAAAAUCCCAGCUUGCACUUCUGAAAUCAUCACUCUAAGAUUCUUGUCAAGAUUAAGCCUUCUCUUUGUUUACGAAGUUAAAAUUUCGAUUCAGAUUUGGUAACUAUGGAGGAUGAGCACGGAGAUGUGGGUCCCGUGAUUAGUGGUAUUUCAGAGCCCACCGAGAGUAUUAUUUUACCAAAUGAAACCCUAAUGGAAAAUUUGGAAUGUGAGAAUCAAAUUGAUGGGUCUUAUAGCGAGGGAGGUGGAGGGGAGAUAAUGGUCGAAGUUGUGGGGUCUGACGUGUUUGUUGAUCGAGUCAGUGAUGUUAAAGAGGGUGAUUUGGGGUCAGGGGAAGUUGGAGAGUUGAGGGGUUGUACAUCAGAUAACAGAAAUGAAGCUGCAACGCAUGAUUUUCAGGAGGUCACAAAUGCUUCAACUGAAGUGGCUGAAAAUAAGGUUGAGGAAGUUGAGGGAGAAGAGACGGCAUUGAGUGGACUGAGCCACAUUGCAGAAGAAGUAGAGGUCAGGUUUAGCGAGUCUGUUUAUGGUGGGGCACAUGCAGUUUGUGGUGUGGAGUCACAAGGAGAUCAUGAGGCGAGGAUUCCUGUGAAUGAGGUUGUUAUGGAGAAAUCUGAUGCUGUGGUUAGAGAAGAAGGGGGCAGUAAACAAGAAGCGUCUGAUAAAGAUGGUGCAAAUAAUGCAACUCCGGAAGUUUCGGAUCAUCCUGUAGAAGUUUCUGUUGGGGAGGAAGAUGUUGCGGUGCACAAAGAAGAGAUGUUGCACUUAGAUGAUAAUGUUGCAAGUGAUGAUACGUUGAUCAUGAAUUCUAUACCCUCUCACGAGAUGAUUGAUGCAACUUCUGGCAGUGAAGUUGCACAUGUGGAAGCUUCCCCUAACCUGAGUUGUGAAGUUCCCAAUAUAGUUCCCUUUGAUGGGAACGAUAAGAGCGUUGGAGAUGUUGGUUUAGUUCAUGACGGUUCGGAGCCCAUGAUUAAAAAGACCCAGAUGGCAUCGAGUUCCAAUGUUUUAGCUUCUGAUCAUGAAACACAAGUUUGCGGAAGAGACGUUUUACCCACAGGGACAUUUGUGGUUGGCCCUGUUAUUGACAGGUUAAAUGAGGAUUCGAUUCUUAAAUCGUAUGACAUAAUCUCUGAUUCUAAGGAUGAUAAUCUAGGCUUGAAAGAUUUUGAUAGCAUGAACUCAGGGACAGGACAUGGAAAUAAUAGUGUUUCACAUGCUUGUUCCGAGUCUAUUCACGAACAAACUUUUGUUAGUGAAAGAGGGGAAGUUACGACCAUGGACGUUGAUGGGGUGCUGGAUGUCAAAGAUGAAGGAUCAGGCAUUGACUUGUCAGAUAUGACUUGCUCUAGCAAUGACAAAAUCUUGAAGAGCAAUGGGAACUUUGAAAAUGACUUGGCACAAAGAAACAAAGUGUCAUGCAAUGAACCAACUGAAUCUGCUGAUGGGGGUGAUAAUAAUGUGAUAGAUGAAGAUAAGCUUCUCAAGGUUAAAGGUGAAUCUGAUGUGAUGAAUAGUCAAGCUAUCUUGACGGGAUUAAAGGUAAAUUUCUCAAAUACAACAAAUUCAACUCUUCUAGGAGAUGAAUAUUUGGUACAAGCUGACUCGGGAAUGUAUACAGACCAACCUCUUGUUGCCACAGCAGAGGUUGAAGUGAUAAAUGAUCAGAAAGUUGCAAACUCCAACAAAGAUUUGGAUAGAGAUGCAUUUAUCCAAGAAGAUGAUAAAGAGAUAAUUGCUGAAGCUCCUUUGCAAUCUUUGUACGAGCAUCCGGGCACUGUUAAAAUUCUCGCUUCUGAUGUUCCUUCCAAGAAUACAUAUGUUUCCACCACAGGUGAAAAGUCAAAGACUGAGACGACUGGUGUGCAAAUGGCAGAUGAUGAUGUUAUUGUGAAUGAUUCUGCUGUUGUUGCUGAAGUUGAGGUUGGCAACUUUGUUGAAGAGAAUAGAUCCAUUCAAGAUGGUAAACAAGAGGGUGCCUUCCAAAUAACUGAACAGUUCACCCGUGCUCUUGAUAAGGAUGAGAUCAAGAGUCAUAUAGUCGAUAAUGCUAUAUCAAAUAAAGGGGCUAACAUAGAGGUGGUUUCGGAGGAUAAAAUUAUGACUGGAUUAGAUGUUGCAAAUGAACAGUUGGAGAUACCCUUAGCUGCUGAUGACAUUUCUCUGGUAGAGGGAAAUCACAGUGAGGCGAAUUACGUGUACAAUGUGGUUUCUACUGAAGGGGAGAAUCAGGCUGUUGAAGCAGAAGAUGGAUCUGGCAUGAUAAGUGGCAACAAUAUUGUGCUGGGUAAUGCUUCUGAACCAAAAUUUAUGGAAGAGCAGCAGGAAAGAGAAGACAACGACAUAAGUCAUAAAGUGGAGGAAGAUGAUUGUAAGGAGCCAAUAAUAGGAAUUGAAGAGCAUUCUUCCGAGACUGACCAAUCGAAGAUAUCAAAUGAGGAACUUUUGUCACCUGUAAGCUCAAACCGAUCUCAAUAUCUAUGGCUUGCAGAAAAUGAAGGUCAGCUUUCUGUAUCUGAUCUAGUCUGGGGUAAAGUCAGAAGCCAUCCCUGGUGGCCUGGACAGAUUUUUGAUCCUGCUGAUGCUUCAGAGAAGGCAAUGAAAUAUUGCAAGAAAGACUGCUUUUUGAUAGCCUAUUUUGGAGAUCGAACUUUUGCUUGGAAUGAUUUAUCUGUAUUGAAGCCUUUUAGAUCACAUUUUUCUCAGAUUGAGAAGCAGAGUAAUUCAGAAGCAUUUCAAAAUGCAGUUGAGAGUGCCUUGGAAGAGGUUUCUAGACGAGUAGAGUUGGGUUUGGCCUGUCCUUGCAUACCACGUGAAGCCCUUGAUAAGAUUGAUGUCCAGACUGUAGAGAAUACUGGUAUACGUGAAGAAUCAAGUAGAAGAUAUGGUGUGGAUCGAUCUACGAAAGCAACUUCCUUUGAGCCCACCAAGCUUUUGGACUAUGUGAGGGAAUUGGCAUCGGCGGCAUCUCAUGGGGCUGAUCGACUGGAUCUUGUGAUUGCCCAAUCUCAGUUGUUGGCAUAUAGUCGUUAUAAGGGUCAGCAUACACAGAUUGAAUUUGUCUUCUCUGGAGAAUUGUUAGAAAAUGAUGCGCACACACAAUCAAGUGAUGCAGUCGAUGAUUUCUUAGGCAAGGCUGCUUCCCAUAAACGGAAAGACACUCCGAUGGAUAGCUUGCAACCGAGGAAGAAAGAGAGAAGUUUCAAAGAAAUAAUGGGUGACAUAGCAUAUUCCCCGGAUGGUGAAGGUGAGCCAGAUGCGAAAGAUUCGAGCAAAUCAAUUUCCUCGUCUUCUGGCAGGAAACGUAAAACACUUGAUUCUUUUGCUGAUGGAUCAGAUCCUAGGGGAAUCGUUCAUGCUGCAAAAGUAUCUACUAAUAUAUCUCCAACACUUAAACCUUCAUUUAAAAUUGGCGAAUGCAUCCGUAGAGUAGCAAGCCAGUUGACUGCUCCCACAUUGUCAAGUUCAAAAGGUAACAUUGAUCAAACAGGAAUUGAGAGUGGUCCACAGAUUAAUGAGCCCCAUGAAGAGGGAAGUAUGGUUGUUCCUGAAGAAUUUUCUUCUCUAGACGAGAAGCUAUCACAACUUAAACUGGCGGCACAGGAUCCCAGUAAAGGUCAUAGCUAUUUAAGAUCAAAUGUUACUUUCUUCACAGGUUUUAGAAGUUUGAUUGCUUUGAAUCGGCGAGGUAGAAAGAAAAAGGCUUCUCUUGCUGCUGAUGGGACCGGAGAAUUUGAAUUUGAUGAUGCGAAUGACUCUUAUUGGACGGACAGGAUUGUCCAAAACUAUUCCGGGGAGCAACUUUUGCAGGCUAGGGAGAAUGGGGGAGGACAAUAUCCGCCAGUGCCAUAUGAUCCGGAAAAAUAUCAAAAUUCAGGUCGCCGGCCGCACUCUAGAAAGCGAUAUUCCAGUGGGAACCUUGGAAAGACAUCUGAGGAAUCAAACGAGGAUGUUAAUAAGAGGAAGCAAGAGUCGUUGCCUGCGGAACUUGUACUAAACUUUGCAGAGAGAGAUUCUCUUCCGUCAGAAAUCAGUCUUACUAGAAUCUUCAAGCGUUUUGGGCCAUUGAUGGAAUCAAAGACUGAAGUUGAUCGUGAUUCCGGCCGUGCUAAAGUUAUCUUUAAGAGGAAUUCUGAUGCGGAAGUUGCUUUCAGUAGCGCCGCAAAGUUCAACAUUUUCGGUCCUGUGCUCGUUAAUUACCAGCUCGUUCACUCACUGACAACUUCUGUACAGUCUUUUCCCCUUGCAAUAUAUCAAGGCCAGGAGGAUGCAACCUGAUGCUAUAGCUCAGUUGAGAGUAUGGGAAAUAUAAUCUGAAAGAUGAAGCUGCAGUGAAAUGUGACUCAAAGUUGUCUUCCGAUCGACAAGGUAACCAGACUAGAUUUUCUGGUUGUAAAAAUAGUUCAAUUUCCUUGUAUUGAGUGAUCUUACUAUUUUGUAGUUGAGCAGGAUGCAUUUUGUCGGAUUGGAUUGCCUAUGCUAUCAAAUAUAAAAUGCUUCGCUUUUGUAA